GCUUGUGCGGUCGCAUCGAAUUCUUUUCUUCUGCACAGAAACUACUGUGCCUAGCACGAAGUACUCGAUGUAGGACACAGAAAGUGACAGCUUUUUGACACAUCGGCCUUGACGUUGACAAUGAUACCAGAGAACGCCUAGGUAAGCAAAUGAGAAGUCGAAGCAUGAGAGCCGGUAUGACGAUGAGGAGACAACUUCUCCUAGUGGCGGUCAUCUGGCUCGCGACAUUCCAGCAUGAUUCUGUCCUUGCGGACCUCCCCGUGCACUGCUUGCUGCAGGACCUUGCUGGCGAGUGGAAACUGCAUUUGACGGAGGAAAAGCCGCGUGACGAGGUGGUGAAACAUGGCGAGUCUUUCUGUAUGCACCGCGCGCCCAACACAAACCAGGAGAACCUGGAUCUCUUCGCGAAGAAGCACUGGGCGGAGGAGGUCGGGGAGGCGGCGGAGGAGGCGGUUGUGCAUCUAACCCAGGAGCAGUCGGCUGACGUGACCACGGACGAGGAGGUUCCGCACUGGCACAAGCUCCUCAUCAAAGACGAGGCGGGUUCUAUCCAAGGAAAAAAGUGUUACAGUUACACAUGUGCUGUAACUUCAGCAUCACAAGUUUUCUCCGCAUGACAGAGAAAACUUGCAAUGCAAAGAUCAUAAGGGAAAACAGGAAGGAAACGAGGCUCCAAAGCAUUUCCUGCAUGAGAAAGGUUGUCUGUGUUGCCAGUUUUGCAACACAAUGCGUAACUGUAACACUUUUUUCUUCCCAUAGGUUCUGGCGUCCUGGGCUCGUGGACGCCGAUCUACGAUGAGGGCAUGGACCUGCACUUUGGCAAGAAAAGGCUCUUUGCCUUCUCCGCCUAUCAGUGCGCCAGCGCCCAGGCCAGUAGCAGUUCAUUUUCAACAUCGUCCUCCAGUUUUGCACAAGUUCAAAUUGCAGCUCCUGCUGGUUCCGAUUCCUCCGCUUGCGACAGUUGCGGUUCGGUGAAUAAUAUCACAGAUGAAACUGCAGUGCACAUCGCAAAAGAGGAAGAUGCUGCAACAAAUAAAAAUAGUCCCCGUGCAGAAAUUGGAAUCGACGGAGAGCUGUCAACACCACCUGCAACGUCGUUCUUGCAACAUCAAAGUGCACCAUCAGGUGGAGGAACUGAGAAUAAAGUGGGAAAUAGUGCCGAUGACCAAAAAAUAACCGAAGAGAGCUUGUCCUCUGCUCCAACGCAAAAGGAGCUUGUGCACCAGUCCCAUUCAUCGCGCCCGCUUUACCGCAGCCGCGCGGUUCGGUCCUUUGCAUCUGUGAACGGGACAACCACGAAGAACCCGUUUCUGGCGCUCAUCGAGAAAUCGCAAGAGUCGUGCGGGCUGGCUGGCGCCAUGAUCAACAGCGACGCAACGCUACCACCUGGCUACGAGUCGCUGUGCGGCCAGACGAACAUUGGUUGGUUUUUCAACGAAGAGACCAAUCACUACGGGUGCUGGUGGGCGGAGAAGGUAAAUCCGGAGCUCAAGCAUUUUGUGUCCUCCUUCGUGUUUCUCCGCAACCACGAACGAAAACGCAGUGUAAACCCGGCGCACCGCAUCUUUCGCCGCCACGGCGAUCCGCAGGAGCACGUUCCAAGAACAGAAGCGAUGAUUAGCGAAUCGCAACCACCUCUCCAGAUCAUGAAUACAGCAAGCACGGUGGAACAAGAAGUUCAGGUCGACAAAUCGCGAACAAGUAGAGCAGCCUUUUCCCUUCCGCACGUUCUGGCCAAGCGAUACGUGGCAGCCGUAAACGGAUCACGCACUAGUGGCGGCCUCGACGGAGCGAAUUUUGAAAACAGAGUUCAGGAGCAGACGCAGGUGGACAACUCGCGUAGCGGGGCGGAGCGAGCCCGAGAGCGCGUCGACAGCGGAGUUCAUGCAGAUGACGUUUUCAAGAACCUUUACGAUACUAGCGAAGAAAUGUACAAUGCGGCGUCAGAAUAUCUUUUCGGCAGUCGCGCCGAAAAUGACCAAAGUUUGCGGACCACGCGAACACCAUUGUCCUCUACUUCUCAACACGCAGCAGAAAAAAUGGCUGAGGGUGCCGAGGAAAAAACUGAAAGUCAGUCCGGAACCACCACCACCAAUUCAGCGGUCGUAGGCGAACAUCCUCCGAUAGUGCAGCUGCGUGCUCUCGAAACCACAGCGGCUGCCAAGGUAAAACCGAGCAUCACCACGGCGGGCGCCCAGCAGAGCACAGAGGCGUGCAAUUUUGACGCCAGCAACGAAAACCGGGCACUGUUCGAGACGCUGAACAAAUUUCGGCAAAAUUUUGACUGGCGCGACCAGUUCGAGGGAAAGUGGGACGUGGCGCCGAUCGACCAAGGGAAUUGCGGUAGUUGCUACGUCAUCGCAGCCACCUACGCGCUCCAGUCGCGCUACAAUUUAAUGCUGCUGAAAGCCGGCGCGGAGCUAGUGGACGAAGAUAAUGACAGCACUAGCACCUCCGCCGGCAAUCUUUUUGGACUCGCAAGUGGCGACUCUUUGGCGGCACAAGCAGGCGGCGCCAUGGCGGGACUUUACGACCGCUUGGUCGGGACCUUCGGAAGUACUAGCAGUAGCAGUGCAACUACAUCUUCAAGUCUUAUUUCGACAUCGCUCGCAGAAAAGACAAGCGAACAAAAGGGAGCAGUGAAGAACAGUAGAGGAACAGAAAUUUUGCGGCGAGAGGAGCAGCACGGUGACGUCGUCGAGAAAGCACAGAUAAAGGUCAACAAUGCCGCUGCAAGAAAUACGAAGAAAAACAGCACCAGCGCCAGCCAGCUACAACUUGUUCGCCGAGAGAAUCUUGAAGGGGAAAACCACGACCAGCACGAUAUGAGCAUGCAACAGGACCACGAGGAGCAUCAUGAAGUAGAGGCUGCGACUCAGGUCGGCAGCCGGAAGAAGCGAACCAAGAAAGUGAUUCUGCCGUACCAGGUGCCGCUGAAGUGCAACUUCUACAACCAGGAUUGCGACGGUGGCUAUCCAGAGCUGGUGGCCCGGCACUUUGCGGAAUUCGGAACCCCGGACGCGUCGCACGAAAACGUGGACUCUACGCUGCCGACCACCGCAGCCCCCGGAGCUGACAGUGUCGACUGCCGCGCGAUCUUCGGACAAACAAAUACCGGUGCUGGGUUGCUUGGCCUUCCUCGCGGAUUAAUAACCUCGACGUCGUCCCUUCUUGACGAAAAGAAGCAAGGUGACACUGAAACGACUUUAGCCAAUAAAGCGGAAAAAUCGAGAGGGAAAGAAGUAGCAGCUGCAGUCGACGCGAAGUACCAUAGUAGUAACAGCAGCUCCUUCGCAGAAAGAGAAACACACCGGGUCGACGAACGGCAACAAAUACAGGAAGACAUUGACAACCUUUUCUACGCCGCGAAGCAGUCCUACGGGUAUGUGGGCGGGUUCUACGGGAAAUGCUCGGAGACGAGAUUGAUGUACGAAAUCCUGCACCACGGCCCGACGCCAGUCGCGGUGGACGCGGGCAGCGGAAACUUUGCGCAGUACGUGUCGGAAAGCAAAGCGGAAGGCCAUCACCUGAUGGCCCCGGACGACGUCGGGUUUCUGGAGGUGGUGUACGAAACCAACGACGAAGCGCUCGACGACAGCAUCCGCUUGGUCGCGAACUCCUCGUCGAAGAGUAGCAGUCUGGCGUCGCUCCUUGUGACUAGUAUUGCAGCCCAGAGGAGUAACAAUGAUGCGGUCUCAUCUGUUCCACUUUCCAGCGCCAGGAGCACGACGUUGCGGAUCCCCGUGGCAGCUUUGGUCGCGCACCAUGCCAAGGCUAGUGAAACACCCGGCGGAAGCAUCGCAGAGACGAACGAGGAGCACCUCUUACAGUUUCUGCUCGACUUGGAUAUUGCAGGUGGAAGCAGCUUUGCAUCCUCUGCAGCUGCUUCCACAGCACAGCUCGCGCAGGAGCGAGUAGAGGGCCAGGACGUAGAGCAGCGUCGGAGGGACGUUGCUGGCGACGCUUUUGGAGGUCAGGAAGAUCAAGUACUAGACCACUCUGUGACAAGAGCCACAGGCAUCAAAGCGAUCGAAAGCGAGCAAGUCACUGUGAAGCAAGCGAAACAGAAGAUUUCUGAAGCGCGGGAGACCCUCGCAAGCGGGACUGCCACGGCGGAGGCGAAGAAGGCGUUAUUCCAGAUUCGGAAACAGACCGAGAGCGCGAUCAACUCGUGGGAGUAUGUGGACCACGCCGUCGUCGCGGUCGGCUGGGGCGAAGACGCGGCAACCGGCAGAAAGUAUUGGAUCAUUCGCAACAGUUGGGGCACCACCUGGGGCCCCAAAUCGACCGGCUACGCCUACCUUCCCCGCGGCGCCAACGAAAUGGGCAUCGAAACCCAACCGGUUUUCAUCGAUCCAGAUUUCACGCGCGGCAAAGGACUUAAGAUCCUAAAGGAAGAUUUGGGGCUGGACGUGUACCCGUACGACGCCGGCAACAAAGCUGGAAGCGAAGGGUCAUCAAACGCACACGACCUCCAGUUGCUUUCGGGAAAAAGGAUGAAGUGAAGGCGAGGAGCCAUGAAUUUUUCAACAACCGUUGGCAUUGAAUGUCGAACGAAGGGAACGACAAAGACAACCGCAUGCAAAGAACAGCAGAUGAAAUGAGGAACGAGAACGCGUUUCGUUCGCGAGGAAACAUCCUUGAAUAUGAUCCCAGUUGCUUGCAAUCACAAAGAACUCGCAAUCAAACUGAUGGAAUAGCAUGCCAAGGAACAAGAAUUGGACUUAGAAUUAGGGUAUCUGGAGGACGACGUGCUGUCAUGCGCCUGCUUCUGUGCGAUGCUUCCGCUUUGAUUCUGAUGAUGAUGAAAGUCUCUAAACUAAAACUCUUUUCGCAUUGGUACAUUGUUUCUUUUGUGCCACGAAUUGGUUUGUGAUUUUGCUACUACAGCCAGAUCUUUUUUUCUUGAUCCGAAAGACAGGAAUAAGACGUAAAGUGUCUGAGAGCAUGCAUGAGCAUCCUGACCCUGAAAAAAGAUAAACGAAGUUUAGCACGAUGUGUCUUUGACUUUACUUUGAUUUUUUUCCCCCAACCUCAUUCUCGCAAGUUCUCUUUUUGCUUCUCUCGUGCCUACUUCGACGCUCCAUGCAGGAGUCUGCUCAUUGUCUCAAGAACAGCACUAAGGUGAAAGCAAAAUUCAAGGCAGUGUCCC